AUGAAAAUGGCUUUCUACUUCUAUAUGCAAUCUUCAGCACAUAUGAUGUCUAAACUUAAAUAUGAGCAAAAUGAAACAGAGAAUAAACAUGAAAAAAAGCAACAGAAAUCUAAAUUGAAACAUGAAACAAAGGCAAAAUAUGAUAAUGGCCAUACAGGAUACUGGAAAAUAUUUUUUCAUCACAUAUCACAUCACAAGAAGGGCAACAAGCACACAACUAAUAAUGGAGCCAUGGGUCAGACAUUGUCAGAACCAGUCACUGUGAAAGGAACAUCUUGUUGUGAGAAUACCUUGUUCAGAGUGGGUUCCAGCUGCAUGCAGGGAUGGAGGGUGAACAUGGAAGAUUCCCACACACACAUUUUAUCUUUACCUGACUCCCCUGGUACUGCAUACUUUGCAGUGUAUGAUGGACAUGGUGGAGCUAAGAUUGCAGAGUAUGCUGGUGACCAUUUACACAAGUACAUCAUAAACAGAAGCGAAUACAAAGAAGGGAACAUUCCUGAAGCCAUGAAAAAGGGUUUCCUUGAGUUUGACUCUCACAUGCUAGACAAACAUAGUUUGAGGGAUGAAGGAUCAGGCACUACAGCUGUCACAAUGAUAAUCAAGGAUGAUAAGCUGUAUUGUGCUAACGUGGGAGACUCUCGAGCUGUGGCCAGUAUUAAUGGCAAAGCAGAGCCCCUUUCUGAUGAUCAUAAACCUGUAAAUCAGUCUGAGUAUGAAAGGAUCACAGCUGCAGGGGGAUGGGUGGACUGUAAUAGAGUGAAUGGUAAUUUGGCCCUAUCCAGAGCCCUAGGUGACUUUGCCUUCAAGAGGAAUACUGAAAAGGGGCCAGAAGCUCAGAUUGUGACAGCAUAUCCAGACGUUUUGGAACAGACUAUCACGUCCGACUGGGAGUUCAUAGUGCUGGCUUGUGACGGCAUCUGGGACGUGAUGAGCAACCAGGAGGUGGUGUCGUUCGUGCGAGAGAACAUCGCUCAAGGAAUGGAUCCCGAAGACAUUUGCGAGAACCUGAUGAUGCGCUGUUUGGCCCCCGACUGUCAAAUGGCGGGGCUCGGCUGCGAUAACAUGACGGUGGUGAUUGUGGCGUUGUUGCAUGGAGAAUCGUACGAGAAGUUACAAGAAAAGUGCAAAGUGCGCGCAGUAGGUGUGGAAGAAGAAACCGAGGUCAGUGAAAAGGACAAAGGGGGAGAGAACGGAGAGCUAAUUUGA